UGAUCUCCGCCAUUUCUCGGAAGCCUCGGCUGAGGAGCGGCCCCGGCGCUGGGCCCGGCCCGGGCAGGAGGCCAAGGAAGCGCCGCUGCGCUGAAGCGCCGGGAGCUCGGGGUGCCCGGGAGCUGAGGGCGCUGCGAGCUGGGGGAUUUUUCAUUCCCAAGCUGUGGCCAGAUGGAGGAGGAGGAAAAGCCCUGGAGAUCUCGCACAAGGAGGGGCUGCAAACCCAGCCCAGGCAGCUGCGAGGAGGAAAGAUCCUCCCUGUGCCGGGAAGGUGGCCAGAGAUCCAGCCAGAGCUCAGAGCAGGGGGAGAAGCCCCACAAGUACUUGGAAUGUGGGAAAGAUUUCAGCCACAGCUCCAGCCUGGUCCGGCACCAGGUGAUCCACACUGGGGAGAAGCCCUAUGAGUGUGGGGAAUGUGGAAAGAGUUUCAGCUACCGCUCCAAACUGAGGGCACACCAGGUGAUCCACAGUGGGGAAAGACCCUAUGAGUGUGGGAAAUGUGGGAAGAGCUUCAGAGAUACCUCUGAACUGAUGAGACACCAGGUGAUCCACACAGGGGAACUGCCCUACACCUGCUUGGAAUGUGGGAAGAGCUUUGGGUGGAGUUCCAAUCUGAGGAAACAUCAGCUCAUCCACACCAGGGAGAGGCCCUACGAGUGUCCCCAGUGUGGGAAGAGUUUUCGGACCAGCUCCCAUGUCCUCGUACAUGAGCGGAUUCACACAGAGGAGAGGCCCUUCCGCUGCCCCGACUGUGGGAAGGGGUUCAAGCACAGUUCCCACCUCACCGUCCACCGGCGCAUCCACACUGGGGAGAGGCCCUACGAGUGUCCCCAGUGUGGCAAGAGCUUCUCCAGGGGCUAUCACUUGACCCAACACCAACGGAGGCACCAGUAAGGGAAGCCCUGCGAGUGUCCCAAGUGCGGGAAGAGCUUCGUG